AUGAAGUGCACCAUUUUAUUGAGUUUUUUCAGCCUGAUUUGGUUUGCUAGUGGAAUCAAAAUUGAUUGCGAGAAUACGGAGGCCAUUAACGAGGAGCACAUCCACUACUGCUGCAAGCAUCCCGAUGGGCACAAUGAUCUAAUCGAAGGAUGUGCCAGGGAGACCAACUUCACGCUGCCCAAUCAAAACGAGGAGGCACUGGUGGACAUCACGGCGGACCGCGCCAUCCGAGGCACUUGUUUUGGCAAAUGCGUCUUCAGCAAGCUGAACCUGAUGAAGGACAACACCCUGGACAUGGAUGCCGUGAGAAGUUUGUUCACCGAAAGAUUCCCCGACGAUCCGGAAUAUGUCAAGGAAAUGAUCAACGCCUUUGAUCACUGUCACGGCAAAAGUGAGGAGAACACUUCCAUGUUCCUGUCGAAGCCCCUCUUCAAGCAAAUGUCCAAGCAGUUCUGCGAUCCGAAGUCCAGUGUCGUCCUGGCCUGCGUCAUCCGCCAGUUCUUCCACAACUGUCCGGCGGAUCGCUGGUCCAAGACCAAGGAGUGCGAGGACACCCUGGCCUUCAGCAAGAAGUGCCAGGACUCGCUGGCUACUUUGUGAAUAAUGAAAAUACCAUUCUACUGCAAUAAA